ACCUAAAUUUCAUCUUCUUCCCAGCCACAUUCUAUAUGGGUCAUACUAUGAGCUGGCUCGUUAAACUAACGACCCACAAAAUACCAAGAAACUUGUCCCAGGGUCGAACUCUGUCCUCCUCUUUGUAACCCAACUCCAACUUUGUCCUCCUCUCUUCACUUAAUAUCUUCUCCACCACCUGGCACUCCGUCUGAAACACACCAGGGAGGAAAUGGAAGUGAUCUGCUAGCUCCAGCCCAUAUCCCACUGCCAAGGCCUCCGCAAUAUCUAAUUGCCACUGCCGACGAGUUCUUUUGACUAUGGCCAAGCAGAAUCAACCUUCUCCAUCUCUGAUAACCACCCCGAAGCCAGUCCCGCGACCCGUCAACCAUGUCGCGUCACGUUGAUGGUGUAUACAACGCUCUAAGAUGUUUUCCACCCCUUCUUGUCUUCUCUCUAGAUGAACCAGAGCGAGACCAAGAAGCGUCCGAUUUUCUCAUCGCUCUCCUCUUCCUGCAAUUCACAGAUCCAUUCAUCCGAGAUAUGGAGAAUCGUUCUCUUCUCCGUCGGCUGCGUCCCUACCAGGGCCCUGCUUCCUGACGCGCGCGUGGAAAUGUGCUAUGAGGAGAUGAACUCAAAGGUUUGGAUGUAUAAUUCGGGGUUGGAGGCUCUGGGGAAGGGCGUUCUCGAUCUCCUUCCUCAAGAUGGAGAUGCUUCGACUACGACGACAACGGCGGGUCGCGUCUCUGCGUUAACUUCCGCCGACGAGCUCAUGCCGCCUGUUUCCUGUGGUCGCUGUCGGGUACCACCUCUACCAACACCCUCCUAUUGUCGUCAACAAUCAGCAUCACCCUCCCUCAUGCCUGAAUUCGAGAAUCCAGUGAUUUUGGAAGCGAAAUUGAAGAACUAGGGAUCUUAAAUUUGGGGGGUUUUCCAAAUCUGAAUCUCGGGUACAAUUGCUUAUGCACCAGGAGCAAGCUUAUGCUCCUACCUGACCUUGACAUAAUCCAUUAGAAAUAAAUAAGCUCGUCGCACUCCUUCGCCCGAGCGAGCCCCGAGUUCAGCACUUCGUCGUAGAUUCUUGGCAGCUUUUCGGCCAGAUAUUGCUUUGCAACUCAACGAAUCUGAGUUGGAAAAGUGGAGAAACCCCACCAGCCUCUAAAUCUCCUCUGAAACUCCACCACCAACAGCAGAAGUCGGCCAAUGUGUUGAGGUUACGGAUUGAAUUAGGAAUGUAGGAGAUUGCUGAUGGAAUUUGGGAUCUUCUUUCUGUUUUAAGCAGUGGAGAGUUUGUGAGGAAGACAUAUUUGGUUUUAUUUUAUUUUUGUUUAAAAAUUUAUUUUAAAUAAAAAUAAAUUUGCAUCCA